AAGGUUCCGACCACAGACUGCGGAGUGGGUCCGGGGCUGGGAGGGCUGCCUCAAGUCCUAGCGGGUUUGCACGGGCGCGCCCGGCUCCGCCCGCAAGUGCGCCUUCCCGACUUACUGCUGGAUGCGCGGGGCUGGGGGUGUGAGGACCACCCCUGAAAUCUCUUCCUGGGCGACCUCCGGGGCCUCAUUCUAGGCCUCCUGGAAGAGAAGGAUCUAAAUUAGGAAAAGGAAGUACCCUUAUCCACGACCAAGCUCUUCCACCUGCGGAGCUCGCUUAGUCUGCACCUCAACCUUGCGGAAAGUGACUGCCCUGUUUACUGAGGAAAAGCUGGGGCUCAGAAAGGUGAAGUCAUUUGCCAUGGGCCAUGCAGCUGGGAAGUGACAGAUCUGGAUUCAAAGCGAGUUCUGGCUGGCGCCAGAGUCCUUGUAUUUUACAGCACUGAUUCUCAAGCUUUAUGUGCAUUAAGAAUUCCUGGGUUGAGGGUGGCGUUAGUUAACAAAUUCUGGGACUCUACAAAUUGAGUAGAUCUAGGAUGGGGCUCUGGAAUCUAUUUUCAACAAUUGUUCCCUGACAAAUAACAUACGGCUCCCCAGUGAAUGGAGCAAGAAGAUACCAUGGAGUAGUUUGAAGCAUGAACAAAAUCUUCCAAAAGCUCAGAGCAGAAGCCUUUUUGGUCAACAUGGAUGAAAAAAGACGGCGAGCCCGAGUUCAGGGAGCCUGGGCUGCCCCUGUUAAGAGCCAGGCCAUUGCUCAGCCAGCUACCACUGCUAAGAGCCAUCUUCACCAGAAGCCUGGCCAGACCUGGAAGAACAAAGAGCAUCAUCUCUCUGACAGAGAGUUUGUGUUCAAAGAACCUCAGCAGGUAGUACGUAGAGCUCCUGAACCACGAGUGAUUGACAGAGAGGGUGUGUAUGAAAUCAGCCUGUUGCCCACAGGUGUAUCUAGGGUCUGUUUGUAUCCUGGCUUUGUUGACGUAAAAGAAGCUGACUGGAUAUUGGAACAGCUUUGUCAAGAUGUUCCCUGGAAACAGAGGACUGGCAUCAGAGAGGAUAUAACUUAUCAGCAACCAAGACUUACAGCAUGGUAUGGAGAACUUCCUUAUACUUAUUCAAGAAUCACUAUGGAAGCAAAUCCUCACUGGCAUCCCGUGCUGCGCACACUAAAGAACCGCAUUGAAGAGAACACUGGCCACACCUUCAACUCCUUACUCUGCAAUCUUUACCGCAAUGAGAAGGACAGCGUGGACUGGCACAGUGAUGAUGAGCCCUCACUAGGAAGGUGCCCCAUUAUUGCUUCACUCAGUUUUGGUGCCACACGCACAUUUGAGAUGAGAAAGAAGCCACCACCAGAAGAGAAUGGAGACUACACGUAUGUGGAAAGAGUGAAGAUACCGUUGGAUCAUGGGACCUUGUUAAUCAUGGAAGGAGCGACACAAGCUGAUUGGCAGUGGUUUCCAAUCUCAGACUCUGCACUGAAGGCAUGGUCACGAGCCCAGCUGCUGGAGGUGCACCCCCCACGCCCCUGUCUGAGCAGCGUGAGGCCUUCGAAGCCGCCUGCUGGGGCGUCAUGAGUGGGGAGGGGCCUUCAUGCCUUCUGCCAUCAUCACGGAGUAGGUUUGGGUGUCAUCCACACUCCCCUCCAUGCCCCACCGCAAGACUCUACUGCAUCGAUCUAUUCCCUGGAAAAGCGGUUGGGAUUUAGAGUCUGGCUGCCAGUUAGAAUGCUAGACCCUUCCCAGGCCCAGCUAGCUCCCUCUUCGCCCUCUCCCUCUGCCCACUGAACCCCUCCCUGGGCAGGUCCAGCAGUCACCACCGUGGGAGGUGCUGAUGGGUGAAAAGAGCUUUGGCAGCAGAUUGACCUGGGUUUGCAUCCCAGCUCCACUUCUGCCUGGCUGUGUGGCCUUGGGAAAGUUCCCUGACAUCUCUGAGCCUCUUUCCUUGAAAAAAGCUUGGAGAUAGUCAUACUGCUCUGGGAAGAUGCAUUUAAGGGUGAGAUGAUAGGCACAAAGUGCUUUUUGUUGGUGCCUGGCAAGAGUUAGGUGCUCAGGAAAAAUUCAUGCCUUUAAAUCUCGUCCCCUGUGCAUCCCUUUAAGGGAAUGGCUGGAGAAAUGGCAGCUGUUGCCAUCUUGAAUAAAGAAGGGGAAGAUGUCUUCCACAGGGGGGCAACAUCAGGAAGAGGCUGUCUUAAAUGGGGUGCACCGGGAGUAAUCCCACCCAGCCCCAAACCUGUCCUAAAAGUGCAGAGCCGGGCGCAGCAGCACUCUGGUGUUCACAGGGCAGCCUGAGGCUGUGUCUGAGGAGGAGCACAGGCAGGGCUUAGGGAGAACAGGCUCUGGGACCCCAAAAGUGGGCCCAUAGGGAUGAUGGUGUGUCCUAUCCUGGGGCCAGGCUUAGAACCUUAAAUGACAGGGCAUCAUUGCAACCCUAAUUCUUGGAAUCCAUUAAAAAAUUCACCCUCCUGUGUGGCCUUGUUUUAUCUCAGUAUGUUUUCGAAAAUGUCUGGUGAGAUCCUCAUGACUGCCA